AAAGCUUUCCCUCGUCUGCACAUUCUGCUUUUCGAUAUAAACCACGACACAGCUGCAGCAGGCUGGGAGACGAGCAACACCAGCAACAAUGGGGAAGGUCGAAUUCUUCGAGGAUAAGAACUUCCAAGGACGGAAGUACGAGUGCAGCACCGACUGCGCCGACCUGCGCUCGUACUUCAGCCACUGCAACUCCAUCAAGGUGGAGAGCGGCUGCUGGGUCCUGUACGAGCUCCCCAACUACACCGGCUACCAGUACGUGGUGAGCCCCGGGGAAUACCAGGACCACCAGCAGUGGAUGGGAUUCAACGACAGCAUCAACUCCUGUCGCUGCAUCAAAAACGUGUAUGGAAAGUCCUGGAAGAUCCGAUUCUACGACAAGCAGGAGUUCGGAGGUCAGGCGGCGGAGUGCGUAGCGGACUGCCCGUCCGUCUACGAGGCCUUCAAGCUGCGGGAGUUCCACUCCUGCGUGGUGACGGACGGGGCGUGGGUCCUCUACGAGCAGCCCAACUACCACGGGCACCAGUACUUCCUGGAACGUGGCGAGUACCCCAACUAUGCAGACUGGGGCGCCGCCUCCCCCGCGGUGGGAUCGUUCCGCAUGAUCAAACAGUUCUAGAGCAGCAGAGACCCUGCAGAGCUCGGACAUGAAGCUCCCUCCUGCUUCUUCCACUCGGACGUUCGGUCCUUCUCCCCACAUUCCUGUGCUCACAUGAAUUAAAGUGUUUCAAACUCAUGGAGGUGUGGAGUGGUUCUUACAUGAAGUCACCUGACACCUGCAGCCUCGUCUGGGAAGGGGCUGAACACAGUGAACAAGACAGAUGUCAAUCAGCAUGUGAUAAUAAAUAACUCAUUAUUCA